AUGCUGCAAGCAUAUGAAAUUUUGUACCUGUUUUCUGUAAGGGACUUUCCGAAGAAAAUCUACGAGCAUUUAUAUCCUGCGGUAGAACUCUCUGCGGAGCGUGCACAAAAACCCACAGAAGUAGACCAUCGCUUGGGAUCUUGUAACACCCUUCAGGUGCCUAGCUGCCAUGCCACCCGGAGGAAGCAGGAGGGCUGGGAUACUGCCAGGUUGCCCAAGCCUAGACAAGGAAAGUCGAAUGGCAGAGGUCGGGUUCGAACCACGGACCUUCCGAAUAGUCCGAUAGUUCACCCGAAUGCUGAGAUUAUCUCUAGUGCUGAUGCCCCCACUUUGGAACUUUUGGAAGGACCGUUUGUCUAA